AGGAGGGGCCGGGAACUCCCGUGCUCCAGUCGGAGCGCGGUUGCUCACUGGAGUUUGGCUUUGUUGACGUCGAGCUCCAAACUUCCCAGCACGCCGCUAUUUGAUUAAGCGACCGUGAGGGCGAAAGGAAGGAGCGGCUGCCCCGCAGAAACUUAGCCGAGCGCAGGAACGACCUUCGCUUUCGGUAGCUGGUGAGGAAAAAGGCUCUCCCCAACAUGGGCCUCCUGGAGUGGCUGCCUGGUGGCGCGUACGGUCUGGCGCUCGCUACCGCUCUGGCUUUCGGGGCGUUGUGUGCUUUCGGCAGGAGGAAAAGGCACACUGGAGAACCUCCCUUAAUAAAUGGUUGGAUUCCUUUCUUGGGAGUGGCCCUGGACUUUAGAAAAAAUGCUACAAAUUUUUUAUUAACUUUGAAUAAAAAACAUGGAGAUAUUUUUACCAUACACAUGGCUGGCAAAUAUAUUACAUUUAUAAUAAACCCCCUACAAUAUCCUCUUAUGACCAAGAACAGCAAGUAUCUGGGAUUUACAGAAUUUGCAGAUCAAAUAUCAAGCCAAGCAUUUGAUCAUCCGCCAAUUGUAAAUGGAAAUUUCCCUGACUUAAAUGAACAUGUACACAGGAAUUAUCAAUAUAUUCUUGGCAAAUCAUUGGACACACUCUCCGAUAACAUGAUGAAGAACCUCCAAAAUAUAUUUAAGAGAAAGAUUUCACAAAUGGUAGAUUGGGAGAUGGAAAAAAUGCACAAGUUCUGCUUCUCUAUAAUAUUUGAAGCCAGUUUUAAAACUUUCUUUGGAAGGGAUCCUCAUAAUGAUGGCUAUAAUGUUACUGAUGAAAUUGGAGAAAAAUUUCUCAAGUUUGAUGCCAAUUUUUCCUAUUUGGCUCUAAAUGUACCAAUUACAUUGCUGGGAGCAACCAAGAAUAUUCGGAGAGAACUCAUAAACUUUUUAAAUCCAAAAAAGAUGGAGAAAUGGUUAGAUGUUUCUAAAGUGGUCCAAGACAGAAAAGAUAUCCUUGAAAACUAUAAAGUGCUUAGCGAUUAUGACAAAGCAGCACAUCAUUUCGCCUUUCUGUGGGCCUCGGUGGGAAACACCAUUCCUGUUAUAUUCUGGACGAUGUAUUAUCUGUUGAGGCACCCAGAAGCUUUUGCAGUGGUGCAUGAUGAAAUUGACCAUUUACUGCAGUCAACAGGUCAAGAGAAGAGACCAGGAUACAACAUCUACCUCAGCAGAGAACAAUUGGACAACCUGGUCUACCUAGAAAGUGCUAUAAAUGAGAGCUUGCGAAUGUGUUCCUCAUCAAUUAAUAUCCGUCAAAUCAAAGAAAAUUUUAUUUUCAAGUUUGAAGAAAAUCGUGAAGUCUGUUUGAGAAAAGGAGAUUUUUUAGCAAUUUUUCCUCCGGUUCUGCACAGGGACCCUGAAAUCUACGAAGAUCCUCAAACAUAUAAAUUUGACCGCUACGUGGAGAACGGCAAGAAGAAAACAACCUUCUUCAAACAGGGAAAGAAGCUGAAAUAUUUUCUAAUGCCAUUUGGCUCUGGAGUCAACAUGUGUCCUGGCAGAUUCUUUGCAAUGAGUGAAAUUAAACUCUUUGUGGUUUUAGCAUCGGUUUAUUUUGAUAUGGAUAUAAUGGAGGACAAACAACUUGGACAGGACAAGGAUAGAAUAGGCUUGGGUAUUUUACUGCCAGAUUCUGACAUUCUUUUUCGUUAUAAGCUUCGGUCUUAGUACAGAACCUCUAUUGCUUAUUUAUAUUACUCAAAUUAGUUCUGUCUUUCACUAAAUGUAAUGUAGCAUUUGUAUUUCUGGGUAUAUUUACAGGUUUACUGUACUUUCAUUGUUAAGUGUUUUAAAUAUUAUCAUAGACUGUGCUUUUCUGUGCAAAAAUGAAUGAGAGGUAGAUAAAUCCAUGUAAAUUCUUUUUAUGAUACUUGAGUUCUAGGAUCUGGGGUCCCACAAGUAAUCCAGGGAUUCAUUGGUCUUCUAAAGAGAAUUUGAUACUAAAAGUAAAAUCCUAAACAUCUUUUGGGAAAGGUAAAAUCUACUCAUCCUGGUGACACAUAAUUCAGAGUAAACAUAAAUAAGGGUCACUUUUUCUGUUGAUUCUGGAAAAGUCCC